ACCAGGAACAGCAGCAGCACAGCGACAUGGACCGCUGGGCAGGCCGCGUGGCCGUGGUGACGGGGGCCAGUGCAGGCAUCGGCAGCGCCAUCGCCCAGGACCUCGCCAAGGCCGGCAUGCGCGUCGUGGGGCUGGCCCGCCGCGAGGACAAGCUGCAGGCGCUGGCGGAGGCGCUGGCGGCGGACGGCGCCGGCGAGCUGAUCCCGGUGCGCUGCGACGUGUCCGACAUGGGCGACGUGCAGCGCGCCUUCCAGUGGAUCGACGACAACGUGGGCGCCGUGAGCGUGCUGGUCAACAACGCGGGGGUCAUGAUCGCGCAGAGCAUCCAAGACAUGUCCAAUGAGGACAUGGCGGCAGUCAUCAACACCAACGUCUUGGGGAUGGCGUCCUGCUGCAGGGAGGCCAUCAACAGCAUGAAGAAGCACGCCGUCAGCGACGGCCACAUCGUCAACAUCAACAGCUUCCUUGGCCACGUGGUCCCCGUGUUCGACGACUUCAGCGUGUCCUUGUACGCCGGCUCCAAGCACGCCGUCACGGCCAUCUGCCAGGGCCUGCGGUGCGAGCUCAAGAGGAUGCACAGCCAAGGCAUCAGGAUCAAAGUCACGAGCGCGAGCCCCGGCCCGGUCCUCACCGACAUGUUCGGAGACGACCUCCGCAGCUCGAUCCCCGAGGACGAGAUCCAGCGACUGCUCAAGGCCGAGGACGUGUCCAGGGCCGUGUGCUUCGCGCUGGCCAGCCCGCCCAACGUCGAGAUGGUGGAAAUAACCAUGCAAGCGACAGGCCAUCUCACUUAAUUCCGACACACGCUAAACUCAUUUGCUGCUAUACCUGUGUAUCAAAACAGAAUUUUAAUAAAGAACUCAUGAAAUCUA